AAUCUCUUUUAUCUCUCUCUCCCACAAAAGGACCUCCCUCAUAAAAACUACUUUCUGUUCCCUCCCUUUCAUUUUCUUCACUGACAGAGGAAUACCUGCACACUUUCUCACGCACGCACGCAUACUCAAAACAGAGCCCAUCAGACACAUACAUCACCCUCCCCCCCUUCUCUCUGCCUCUCUCUACUCUCUAGCUUAUGGAUAUGAUCAGAGAGAGAACAGAAGAGGACAGGGCAGAGAAAACACAGAGAUUUUUCCAGCUAUCUCCUCUGCCAUCCGAUUCAUCAAAUCCCUCUGAACCCCAUAUAAGACUCAUCUUUGCCAACUAGCUAGAGCAAACCAAACCAAACCAAACCAAACCCCUCUUCUUAUCUUUGUUUCUAUGGAGUCGUACAGCUAUUUUGACAGCAAUGAAGCCCACUUACCUCCUGGAUUUCGCUUCCACCCGACUGAUGAAGAGCUCAUAACAUAUUAUCUCCUCAAGAAGGUCUUGGACAGCAACUUCACAGGCAGAGCCAUUGCUGAAGUUGACCUCAACAAGUGCGAGCCAUGGGAGUUACCUGAGAAAGCGAAGAUGGGGGAGAAAGAGUGGUACUUCUUCAGCCUUCGUGACCGAAAGUACCCAACUGGGCUUAGAACAAACAGGGCUACUGAGGCUGGAUACUGGAAGGCUACCGGGAAAGAUAGGGAGAUUUACAGCUCCAAGACUGGUUCUCUUGUUGGUAUGAAGAAGACGCUGGUUUUUUACAGAGGGAGAGCUCCCAAGGGAGAGAAGAGCAACUGGGUCAUGCAUGAAUACCGCCUUGAAGGCAAAUUUGCUUAUCAUUACCUCUCUAGGAGCUCCAAGGACGAGUGGGUCAUAUCCCGGGUGUUCCAGAAGAGCUGCGCCGGCGGUGCAGCCACCAGCAGCGGCGGUGGAUCGAAGAAGACCCGCCUGAUCAGCUCCGCGGUAACCCAUUAUCCAGAGCCUAGCUCACCCUCCUCGGUGUCACUCCCACCGCUCCUCGAGUUCUCACCCUAUGCCAACGCCGGCAGUGGCUCCUCCGUCACCCUUACCGACCGUGAAGGCUGCUCGUACGACAGCCCAAUUGCCAGGGAGCACGUGUCCUGUUUCUCCACCAUUGCCGCAGCCGCAGCCUCCGCUGCCGCCACCAGCUUCAACCUCGCUCCACAGCCGCCGCAUAUAGCCGCCGUAGACCCCUAUGCACGCUUCCCUAGAAACGUCGGCGUCUCUGCUUUCCCGAGCCUGAGAUCCUUGCAGGAGAACCUUCAGCUGCCUUUCUUUUUCCCUCAGGCUGCGCCGCAUCAGCCAGCUCUUCACGCUGGCUCAGCCGAGCUGGGUGGGUGCAGCUCAUCCGGAACUUGGCCUAUGCCGGAGGAUCCAAAGGUGGAAGGCGGUGGCGGUGGCGGUGUGCGGAUGGGUAUGGCCUGUCCCACUGAGCUUGACUGCAUGUGGACCUUCUAAGAGCUUUUCAUUUGUAUUAGGGUAGUUUUCCUAAAAGCCUAUGUUUUUCUAACGUUAAUCGUGACUUAUCCGUAUGAACGAUAAAAAAUCUAGCGGUUUAUUACUUGUUUCUGAUAA